AUUCAAGGUUAUGUUCGAAAAUAUAAAUAAUUAAACCAUAAACUUUGCCAACAUAAACAUAGGUAGAUAGAAAAAUAGAAAAUAUUUACGAUUAAGCCCCUAUUAUUCAACCACAUCGUAUUGUAGUCUACACUUGUGGUUUCUUGACCUUAAUGGAGGGGACUAAUUUAUAAAUUUGUUACGUGCGAAAAUGGACGAGCUUAGUUUUGCUUACACGUCGAAGCGACUGGCACCCCCCUUAGACGAUUCGCGACAUAAGGGUCAAGCAGGCCGGAUAGGUGUAUUCGGCGGUUCUCUCGAGUACACGGGUGCUCCGUAUUUUGCCGCAAUUAGUUCCUUGAAAGUUGGCGCAGAUUUAGUGCACGUCUUUUGUUCUAGAGAAGCGGGACCGGUGAUAAAGUCGUACAGUCCCGAAUUAAUUGUUCAUCCUUUAUUGGAUGACAAAGAAGCGGUUAAGAAAAUUAGGCCCUGGCUUGAAAGGCUUCAUGUUAUUUUAAUAGGACCUGGAUUGGGUCGCGAACCGUCGACUUUUGAUGUAAUCAGAGAGAUUAUUGGUAUUUGCAGAGGUGACAAGAAACCUUUAGUGAUUGAUGCCGAUGGUUUAUUUCUGGUUACUCAGGAACGUGACCUUAUAAAGGAUUAUCCAGCACCGGGCGUAAUAUUAACACCAAAUGCCGCCGAAUACGCACGUCUUGUGGGCGAAGAAAAGGGAACUGAAAAGAAUGAUAAUAAAGCCAUACUUGCCUUAGGAAAUACAAUAACUAUAUUACGUAAAGGAGCUGAAGACCAAAUCAUGGAUUAUGCAAAAACAAUUAAAGUUGUUGGUGGCGGUUCUGGUAGGAGAUGUGGUGGACAAGGUGAUUUGCUAGCCGGUGCUUUAGCUACAUUUUAUACAUGGACUUUACAACAUAGUAUGGAACCAGAUGUACUUCAUGACGAUCGUGCGAUGAUUGCAUGUUUCGCUGCUUGCCGGUUAACUAGAGAGUGUAAUAGUAGAGGAUUUUUGAAGAAAGGAAGAGGCAUGGUGUGUUCGGAUAUGAUAGAAGAAAUUCCAUAUGUAUUUCGGGACCAAUUUGAAUUGCAUUAAUUUUAACAUGACUAUGAUACUUUCAAAUUUGGAUUAUUCACUUAUUUAUAA